AUGACCAACGAAGAGAAAAAAGACUCAAAAGAUUUGGAUUCAUGGAUAGAACAAUUGAAAGAGUGUAAACAAUUGCAAGAGAAUCAUGUCAAAUAUUUGUGUGAUCGUGCCAAAGAUAUUUUAUCCAAAGAGUCAAAUGUCCAAGAAGUUCAUUGUCCUGUGACGGUGUGCGGUGAUGUUCACGGUCAAUUUCACGACCUAAUGGAAUUGUUCAAAAUCGGUGGCAAUGCACCGGACACAAAUUAUUUAUUUAUGGGCGAUUAUGUUGAUCGUGGUUAUUAUUCAGUGGAAACUGUGACAUUGUUAGUGGCAUUGAAGGUCCGUUUCAAAGACCGUAUCACAAUCUUACGUGGGAAUCAUGAAUCUCGUCAAAUUACACAAGUCUAUGGGUUUUAUGAUGAAUGUUUACGAAAAUAUGGCAAUGCCAAUGUAUGGAAGUAUUUUACAGAUCUAUUCGAUUAUCUACCUCUCACAGCGAUUGUUGAUAAUCAAAUAUUUUGUUUACACGGUGGUUUGUCACCGUCAAUCGAUACAUUAGAUCAUAUUCGUGCGUUAGAUCGUAUUCAAGAAGUGCCACACGAGGGCCCCAUGUGUGAUUUAUUAUGGUCAGAUCCCGACGAUCGAGGUGGAUGGGGAAUUUCACCAAGAGGAGCAGGGUACACAUUUGGACAAGAUAUUUCAGAGACAUUUAAUCAUACGAACGGUCUUCAAUUAGUCUCACGUGCACAUCAAUUGGUAAUGGAAGGCUAUAAUUGUGCUCCUAAUUAUUGUUAUCGUUGUGGAAAUCAAGCAGCUAUCAUGGAACUGGAUGAUUCACUCAAAUAUUCCUUUUUACAGUUUGAUCCGGCGCCAAGACGCGGUGAACCACACGUAACACGUCGAACACCUGACUACUUUUUAUAG